AUGCAUUUUAAUAUAAUAUUGAUAUUUCUUAGUUUCUUCAUACAUAUUUGCAUUAUAAAUUGUUCUCCUCGACUAGAGAAAGUGAAUAAAGAUAUAAUACGAAGAGAUGAUAUUGAUCGGAGACCGGCGGCAAUAGAGAAUUCCAAUGUAACACCAUUAGAUUUCAGAUCUAUAAAAGAUUGGAAGCUUACGGACUUACUUUUGGUGAGCGAUAUAGACGGAAACUUGCAUGGCAUUGAAAGAAAUAGUGGUGCUUUGUUGUGGACGUUGCCAAUAGAAGAGCCAUUAGUAAAAAUAGCCACUAAUAGCUCAGCCAGUGGCCAUCAUGAUAAUGAAAAAACACAAUCUAACAUCUUAUGGUUUGUUGAGCCUUAUAAGGAUGGAUCCUUAUACUAUUUUGUGCCCCAAUUUGGCCUCAAUAAACUACCAACUAGCAUUAAAGAUCUAGUACUCGAAUCUCCAUUUUCGUUAAGCGGAGAUGAUAAAAUUUAUACUGGUACUAGAAAGACAUCCCUUUUUACUAUUAACAUAUAUACGGGAGAAAUCAAGUCGGUAUUUGGAAAUGAAGAGAAAUGCCCGAAUCCCAACACACACUAUCAUAGUCGAGACUUAGAUCAGCAAGAUACUAUCAUGCUCGGCAAGACAACUUACGAAUUGUCUAUCCAUUCCAAAGAAAAAUCAAACAUAGUAUGGAACGUAACCUACUCCCAAUGGGGCCCUAAUAAUAUUGAUAACGAUUUAAUUGUACAAAAUCAGCAAAGUAUGGACAAACUUUAUUUCACACCAUUUCACGAUAAAUCAUUGCUAGCUAUAAAUAAAGACAUAGGAACACCAGUUUGGAUUAGUAAGUUGCCACUGUUGGCUGUCAAUGUAUUUGAUGUUUUCAACAAUAUGAAGUCACUAAAUGAUUAUGUCGUUUUGCCACAUCCAUUAAAAUACUUGAAUGAUUUGCAAGCCAGUUCUACUGAACAAUCAGCAAACAGUGAUUUAUGCUUCAUCAAUAAAACGUCAAACAGUCAAGAAUGGUUUGCUAUGAGUUUCAAUAAUUAUCCCACACUAAUCAAAAGUGCUCCUAUAUCGGAUUAUCAAAUGGCAUUGUAUAAAUUAGGUCAUCAAAAUUCACCAGAUAUCAACGUAGACUUUUUGAAAACAUUUCAAGUUUCUGAUGCUGAUCCUGAGUCUAAUAAGAUAGCGGAAAACUUGAUUCGUGGUAUUCAUAAAUUCAAUCACUUAACAUCUGAUAAUCUGUAUCAGCCAAUAUCACGAUUUAUGGGAUAUAAAGAUGAAGCUAUAAAGAAAAUUGGAGAUGGUAAGUCAACAGGUUUACCGGAGAAUUUAGAAAACAAUCCAAUUCCAAAUAUUAUAGAUGGUAUUAGAUUGUCCAAACCUGAGCAAGAUGAAAUAAAUGAAUCCAAAAUACCACAAACAUCUACCAGCCAAGAUUUAUUAUUAUUAGAUUCUGGAAAUUCAAAUAAGUAUUUAUCAACCCCUGAUAGCAAUAACUCUACAACAAUCACAUCAUUAUCGCUUAUCAAAAGAAUCUGUGAAGAUGUUAUCGUUAUCUUGGUGUUGUUAGCAUUAUUAAUGUCUUUCGGUAAAUUUGGAAAACUAGGGAAAAGAUUGAAAAACUUCAUCCUUGAUAAGAGUAUAACCCUUGAUUCAGAGCAAAAGGCAGGAAACAGUUUUCCAGACGAGAAAAUAAUCAAUACUAUAGCAGCUGAUGAUGAAGUAAAGAAUGAGAAACAGGAUACUGAUGUUGCUAUGGCUUCGUCGAAUGUUGAGACUACCGAUUCUAUUAUAUCUUCUUCAGAUGAAUUGAAUAAUAUUAAUAUACCUGACAAUUAUAACGAAGGAAUUUCCAGCAAUGAUUAUGCCAAGAACAAUGGUAUUAACAUUGAUGAGGGUAAAGAAAGACCCAUAAAAAAGGUUACAAUUAUCACACCGAAUGAAGCGCUUGAGAAGUCAGAUUCCAAUGUUGAUCGUAAUAGUGAUGAGAAUAGAGGUGAGUUUGAAAAUCGUGAACUCAAUUACGAGGAUUCUAAUAGUGAGAAUAAUCUUGAGGAUACAACUACUAAAAAGAAACGUAAAAGAGGAAGCCGUGGAGGCAAACGAAGUAACAAAACUAAACGAGCUUCGACAGAAUAUGCUAAUGAUUCACAAGAUAAAGAAAGCGCUAAUAGUGAUAUUGACACUGGUGAUAUUAUCAAUACUAAAAGCUUAGUUAAAUCUAAAGUUACUAAAAUCCCAACAAAGAAAUUGCAAAUUGAAAAUAAUCUAAUAAUCACUGACAAAAUUUUAGGUUAUGGCUCACAUGGAACCAUAGUAUAUCAAGGGACGUUUGAAAAUAGGCCGGUCGCGGUGAAGCGAAUGUUACUUGAUUUUUAUGAUAUUGCUAACCACGAAGUUAAACUAUUACAAGAAAGCGAUGACCAUCCAAAUGUUAUAAGGUACUUCUGCUCACAACUGAGUGAAACUGAAAAAUUUUUAUACAUUGCAUUAGAGCUAUGUUUAUGUUCUUUAGAAGAUAUCAUAGAAAGAUCAAAAUCAUUCCCAAAGGAUAUUCGAUUGAGGGAUGUUAAUGCUAACGAUGUGUUACACCAACUCGUAAGUGGGUUGCAUUACUUACAUUCUUUGAAAAUUGUUCAUAGGGAUUUAAAGCCUCAAAACAUAUUGGUUGCAGACUUGAAAAAAUCUGCAAAUAAUUCAGCCAACCCUUCUGCAAGAUUAUUAAUUUCUGAUUUUGGUUUAUGCAAGAAGUUAGAUGCUGAUCAGUCUUCCUUCAGAGCUACUACUCAAAAUGCUGCUCUGGGGACAUCUGGUUGGAGAGCGCCUGAAUUAUUAUUACAUCAUGAUUUACUGGAAAUUUCGCCUGAUACGAUUUCGUCGGUGGGCUCUUCUUCACGUCAUUCCAUAACUACGACGACUUCAAAUGUCAAUGGUAAGAGGUUGACUAAAGCAAUUGAUAUUUUUUCGUUGGGUUGUGUGUUUUUCUAUAUAUUAACAAAGGGUUCUCAUCCAUUUGGUGAUAGAUACCUUCGGGAAGGAAAUAUAAUUAAAGGUGAAUAUGACUUAUCCGCGUUGAAAUUUAAUUGUCCAAUAGAUCAUGUUGAGCUGUCACAUUUGAUAGCCUCCAUGAUUAACCAUAAUCCUAAAAUGAGGCCUGACACAUCAGCAAUUUUGAAACAUCCUUAUUUUUGGCCAGUAAAUAAAAAAUUAGAGUUUUUAUUAAAGGUAAGUGAUCGAUUUGAAAUUGAAAGAAGAGACCCACCAAGUGAUCUACUUUUAAAAUUGGAAAGUAUAUCUAUAAAUGUUCAUCAAGGGAACUGGCAUAAUAAAUUUGAUACUGAAUUUAUGGAUAAUUUAGGAAAAUAUAGAAAAUAUCAACCCGAGAAGCUUAUGGACUUGUUAAGAGCCUUUAGGAAUAAGUAUCAUCAUUUUAACGAUAUGCCUCCUGCUUUGCAACAAAAAAUGAGUCCUUUACCAAACGGGUUUUAUAUUUAUUUCAAUGAGAAGUUUCCAAAGUUACUAAUGGAAGUAUACUUUAUAGUCGAGGCAAACUUAAAAGAUGAGCAUAUAUUCGAGGAAUUUUAUUCGUAA